GUCAAACACUUGAGAUCUGAAAAAUAUAUGUUGAUUUGUAAGCUGGUGUUUAACGUAUAAAUUUAUUUACUUUGCUGCUCUGAAGAUGCAAUAUUGGCUUGUGUGCAGUGCGGGCUUCCUGAUACUUCUAUCAGGAAUCAGUCUAUCGAAUGGGCAAGAAAUAUGUCGAAAGAAUGAAAAGUCUCUUACUUUACUGGAUAUGGCUACAGAAUUCAUCGCUGCAGCAAAGCUUCAUUUUCCCAUUAACUUUGACAACAGCACGACUUCAAAUCAGUUUGAUUAUGGAGACGCGGUUAAAUCUUUUACUUAUUUAGAAUGUACCCAGAAACUCAUCGAAAGAGCAAAGGAAAAUUUAACAGCAUACAACAGUUGCGGAGACAGACCACGUGAUUGUUCUGAAGUUUUGGCAAGUGGACACAAACUCAGUGGCGUAUAUACCAUAUACCCCACCAGUCGGCACACAGUGGCAAAAUCAGUAGAUGUUUAUUGUGAUAUGGACACUGACGGUGGAGGAUGGACGGUUAUCCAGAGAAGAGGAAAUUUUUCAACCCAGCAAGAUUUCAAUCUGGGUUGGCGGAAGUACAAAUCCGGUUUCGGGGAUAUACGGGGAGAAUUCUGGUUAGGAAAUGAGUACAUCCAUGCCCUCAGUAACCAGGGACCAUGUGAAAUUCGUUUCGAUCUCGAAGACGUCAGAGGAAUUCGUCGUUUCGCCGUCUACAAAAACUUUCUGAUAGAAGACGAAAGUUCUAAUUAUAGAGUGCGCGUUAGCGGUUACAGAGGCGAUGCGGGUGAUGGAUUCAAACAUUAUGACGGUGUACAGUUCUCAACUAGAGACAACAGUAGAGGAAAUAGUGGAGCUGCUGAAUACCUGAAAGGAGCAUUCUGGCAUCUGAAGGAUUGGGCUUACGUACAUUUGAAUGGAAUCUACCAACCAGGAAAGGAUGAACCUCAAAGCAUUCACUGGUGGGAAUGGUUGGACAAUGAAGGCUUGGCGUUUACAGAAAUGAAAUUGAGAUUACAUUGAAGGGAAGAGAUUACGUUCAAAAACGAAAAAUGAUAUUGCUACCAUUUUUUCUUAAAUCAAUGGAAACAAAACUGUUCGAGCGUAGAAUCUUAAUUGGAAAUAGGCGAUAUUUCUAAUUUCAUUUUAAAAUGUAUUCUUUUGACCAUUGCAACCUUGUUUGUUAGAAAUUUGUUACUAAUUAUUUGCAGAAAUAUUCCGUUUGAAACUUUCUUUCAGGUUAUGGAAUUUUUUUUCCAACAUUAUCAUUUAUUUUAAGAAUAUUUUAACUGUUAAUGCUAAAUAUAUAUAAAUACGUGUGAUUAACUAUAUAAAUAUAUCAGAUGGAAUGACGCUUUUAUGCCGCUUUAUAAUAGUUUUACAUUUAUGACGCUUUAUAAUAGUUUUACAUUUUAUGAAUCCAGUUAUUUUAUUU